AUGCCAACAGUGAAAGCACUGCACCAACAGAUUAUCUGCAAGAUAGGAGUGGAAGGGGAGAAGACCACCACCAACCAGAUUGUAAAAGAACCUCGACCCCGUGGGUCACGUGCCCCGCAGGCCGCCCCGCCUCCGCCUGCUCCGCCUUCUCCCGCCGCCUUCAGAGCAGAGGGUCCGGCCGCUGCGUCCACUCGGAGCGCUCGGGGGAGACGCGGAGCGAAGGCCGAGGGCAAGCAGGCGAGCGGGCACGAGCCGGGCCGGGGCGGGAGCGGCCUGGGGGCCCGCGGUAGCCGCGCGGCGUCGGGAGUGACGCGGCCGAGGUUCCUGCAAACUUGGGCGCGCGCUCGCGCCACGGCGCCCGCGGCCCGAGCGAUGAAGAUGGUCGCGCCCUGGACGCGGUUCUACUCCAACAGCUGCUGCCUGUGUUGCCAUGUCCGCACCGGCACCAUCCUGCUCGGCAUCUGGUACCUGAUCAUCAAUGCUGUGGUACUGUUGAUUCUACUGAGCGCUCUGGCUGAUCCAGAUCAGUAUCACUUUUCAAGUUCUGAACUAGGAGGUGACUUUGAGUUCAUGGAUGAUGCCAACAUGUGCAUUGCUAUUGCAAUUUCUCUUCUUAUGAUCCUGAUAUGUGCAAUGGCUACUUAUGGAGCAUACAAGCAACAUGCCGCCUGGAUCAUCCCAUUCUUCUGUUACCAGAUCUUUGAUUUUGCUCUCAACACCUUGGUUGCAGUCACUGUGCUUGUUUACCCGAACUCCAUUCAGGAAUACAUACGGCAGCUGCCUCCUAAUUUUCCCCACAAAGAUGAUAUCAUGUCAGUGAAUCCUACCUGUCUGGUCCUUAUUAUUCUUCUGUUUAUCAGCAUUAUCUUGACUUUCAAGGGUUACUUGAUUAGCUGUGUUUGGAACUGCUACCGAUACAUCAACGGCAGGAACUCGUCUGACGUCCUGGUUUAUGUUACCAGCAAUGACACAACGGUGCUGUUACCCCCGUAUGAUGAUGCCACUGUGAAUGGCGCUGCCAAGGAGCCGCCACCACCUUAUGUGUCUGCCUGAGCCUACAAGUGGGGAGGAGCUGAGAGCAUGAGCUUGACUUUUCAGAUAUCAGAGCAAUAGUCCUUUAAUUUCAAUUCUGAGACGAGCUCUCUGAGUUUAUUUGUUGCUGAAAUGCUACAGUUUAAAAAUGUAGAUGUUAAGUUGAAACCCUCUGUAGUUUUAAACAUAUACUUUAGCUAGAGCACUGUGAUAGAUUAACCAUAGAGUUCUUUCUGUAGGGGUGGGACGCAGCGGGCCUUCGAGUCUCCCUGGACGUCCCUGGGCGCUGAAACUCCCAACAAUCUGGAUGAACCUUGAGUCAGAGAGGUCUGGUGUUGUACCUGCUAGACCCCAAAGUUGGGGACUUAGUCACAUUUUUUUCCCUCUGUUCCCUCUAUCUCUUUCGAAAGUGUAAAAUAAAAUCAAAAUUAGACAAUACUUUUCUUAAGCCAUUCCAGUGUGUAGAAGAAACCCUUUCGAUGGCAGGAAUGUUAAUUGUGUGAUCAUUGCUCUAAUUAGGUAAAUACAUAUAUAUAAAUAAAACGGGAAUUUCCUUAA